UUUGUUCCAUUCUUACUCCUACCGGACGCAUCGCGCGUACCACGCGCUCCGCUGCGCCGCGACGCCAGCCUCGAACGCCGCACGCACAACGCCGUCGUCGGGAUCAUCCACCCAAGAGGCGUCGCAGGUCCCCAGGGACGACGAGACGUCGCUGGAUGACGCGUCGUCCUCUCCGGGAAACGCCCGGAGCAGCGCGCGCCACUCCGAACCACGCAAGUAAUUCGACGCCCACCCAGCGCCUAACCGUUCCAAAUCGACGCACGCCAGCGCGAGGGGCAGGUCGUAGAGCUGCGCGAGGAGGUAGGCCGCAAAGGCGCGCGAGCCCCGGCCGCAGACGUAGACCGGAGGUCCCUCGACCAAGUGCGGCGCCAGGUUCCGCGCCUGCACCACGACGUCGUCCGACACGACCUCAGCGAUGCGGAAGUCGUACUCGAGCCGCUCCAGCGCGCCCCUUCUUUCCCAGUGGGGAUCCGGCCCGACCAUCAAGAGCCCAGGCACGGCCCAGAAGCUUCCGGGAAUCGGGCCCGCUCGACUGCGGAAGGGGAAGGGCGGCGCCCGCGCCAGUAUGGCGGGGUGCGGCCGCCACGCGAGCGCCGGUUCAGGCUCCGGUCCCGGUAACGGGCGCGGCGGGUAGACGUAGUUCGCUCGGUGGUGGUCUAUCGGUUCGUCGUCGUCGCCGUGCGGGAGCCAGGGGUCGUCGCUGCGCGGAGGCAGGACGUCGGUCAUCGUUUUCGCAGAGUGGCCGCGUGACACUGUGGCCUUUGUCGGAGAGCGUAGGGGCAGCCCCUCACUGGCGCCGCGGCGGCCGGCGUCCCGUGGCGGCGGGCGUCUGGCGCUUAGAAAGGGUCAGUUGGGCUUGUGCUGGACGUCCGCGACGCACUCGGGCUCCGCAAGCCUCCUGAGAGCCUCG